UACUUUUGUGACCUUGAAAGCAUACUUCCGGUGACAGGAAUGUCUGCUGUUCGAAGCAGACUGCUUAGCCUGUUUUAUUCAUGCAGCUACCAUUCAGGAAAACAACAUGGUUCGACACUUUUAACGACACAUAAAAUGCGUACAGCUAUCAGCGGCACAUUAUCAACAUCCAGUUUUUUCGCAUGGUUCGUUCGACGAGCGAUAUGUCACCAUUGUCAUCACCAUCAUCCAGCUUCACCAAAGCAGAUUAGAUUACUGCUAGCACAAACCACUGAGAAGGAAAGACUGCAUCAUUGCUACUCAUCGCAUAUGCCUUCCUCCAGUUCAAAAGCUGAAAGUGACCCAUACAAGCUUGUGCAUGAUGAAAUGGCUGUCCUUUGCAGUAACAUACGAAAUGAACUUGGAACAAAUCAGGGCGACUUGGGCACAAUAACUCAUUAUUACUUUGAUGGCACUGGAAAGGCUUUUCGUCCCCUCGUUGUUCUUUUGAUGGCAAAAGCAUGCAAUAUUCACCAGAGGGCAGAAGAUUUUUUGGCAGAAUCUCAGAAGAAGAUUGCUAUGAUUACAGAGAUGCUUCACACAGCAACCCUGAUACAUGAUGAUGUCAUUGAUGCAUCUGACACCAGACGAGGCAAGGAAAGCAUCAAUUAUGUCUGGGGUCAAAGAAAGGCUAUCCUUGCUGGCGACUAUAUUCUCUCUAUUGUAUCCAGUGUUUUAGCUCGCAUUGGCAACACAGAAGUUGUCUCAAUUAUGUCGCAAGUAGUGGAGGACUUGGUCAGAGGAGAGUUUAUGCAGCUUGGUUCGAAAGAAGACAAAAAUGAAAGAUUUGCUCACUAUCUGAACAAGACAUUCAAGAAAACAGCCAGUAUGUUAGCAGCCAGCUGCAAAUCAGUUGCUGUCCUUGGACAAUGUUCAGAGGAAGUCUCCAACACUGUUUACCAGUAUGGUAGAAAUCUUGGCAUAGCAUUUCAGCUGAUGGACGAUUUGUUAGACUUUAUUUCUAGUGACUUGCAGCUUGGGAAACCCACAGCGGCUGACCUAAAGCUAGGUCUGGCCACAGCACCAGUUCUGUUUGCUUCUCAGCAGUUUCCAGAGCUCAACCCACUCAUAAUGCGGAGAUUUUCUGAAGAUGGUGAUGUUGAAAGAGCUCGGUAUCUUGUAACAAAGAGUGAAGGAAUUGAACAGACCAGAUUGUUGGCAACUGAGCACACUAAGGAAGCCAUUCGCCAUCUCAGGAAACUUACUACCUCAGUUCCACAAGAAGCUUUGAUAUCACUGACUUUAAAACUGCUUCAGAGACAGAAAUAACAAAUGGCGGCAUAGACUUUUUUUUUAAUUCUUGUUAUGUCACCAGUAUGAAAGUAUCAUAAUUAGUUAAAGCAUUUUACUUUUCAUGGUUACAUACCUGGAGUAGUUGAGGUGUGUUAGUUGCAAUUAUUCACAUACAUCAUGUAACUAUGACUUUUUACAAAUUCUUUAGCAUGUAAAAUUUUUUGUCCACCACCCAACAGUAAAAUAAAUGUUUAUUCUCUU